GUGGCUGUUUGUUUAACUGGAAGCAGCGGCAGUAAAUGCGCCGGAAUGCAGGAUUCCAGCUAACUUUUCUCCGUCGAGUUUGAGCGAAAUUCCUCAUUUUCUGUCGACUUCUAUCGACUCCGCUCUUGUUUUGCGUGUUGAAUUGUGAGGGCGGGUGUCUCUGGCACAGCAGCUUUUAUUGAUUCAUUCACAGAUACAGCUAGCGGGAUAGCGUGCUAAACGAACACAGAUGCAGGCCAUAAAGUGUGUGGUCGUCGGGGACGGGGCUGUGGGAAAAACAUGCCUUCUGAUCAGCUACACCACCAAUGCUUUUCCUGGGGAAUACAUUCCCACUGUGUUUGAUAAUUAUUCUGCAAAUGUGAUGGUCGAUGGGAAACCAGUAAACCUGGGAUUGUGGGAUACAGCAGGACAAGAGGAUUAUGACAGGCUUCGACCGCUUUCCUACCCUCAGACGGAUGUGUUCCUGAUCUGCUUCUCUCUUGUGAGUCCGGCCUCAUUUGAAAACGUCCGUGCAAAGUGGUAUCCGGAGGUCAGACAUCAUUGCCCUAACACUCCAAUAAUUCUUGUUGGGACUAAGCUUGAUUUGCGAGAUGACAAGGACACCAUCGAAAAGUUAAAGGAGAAGAAACUCACUCCCAUCACCUACCCUCAAGGCCUUGCUAUGGCCAAAGAAAUAGGAGCUGUGAAGUACCUGGAGUGCUCUGCCUUAACCCAACGCGGCCUUAAAACUGUGUUCGAUGAAGCCAUCCGUGCAGUGCUGUGUCCACCUCCGGUGAAGAGGAGGAGGAGAAGAUGUCUCCUUCUGUGAACUGACUGCGCCCACAGCACCAGCUGCAAUCUGAGCUCACCUGAGAGAAGAACAAUGGAAGCGGGGAUGACGGGAAAUGAUAUGGUGUAUUCAUACAGAUAUUUCUCUUUCUCUCUCUCUUGAAUUGUAAUUAUAAUUACGCCACUAACUAGCUGUUAAGAUGCCAGAGUAUUUACUUUGAGAGAUGAAGAGCGGCAUCCAUAGUCAUUUCCCAAUGUACACUAAGAAAUUCCUGCUGCCUUCUAAUGACCUUCUUUCUUUUCCCUUCAUUUUGAUGUUAGGAAACUACAUACUCCUUUUCUCUUUCUCCAUCUUUGUGAGUCCACGUGUUUUGUUUACAAUCUGCGUUUUUGUAGAGAAUGAAAUAUUGCCAAAAGUUAAACCUGCAUCUCAGUUUGCUCACACUAACGCUCUCGUUUUCCUUGAGCACUUGGGAAGGGGGGCGGUUGUCAGAGGCAGAUUGCAGUAAUACUGAAGGAACUAUUUUACAAGAGGAAAGUUGAAGAAACACUUUUUUUUCCCCCGAUGCUAGAGACUUUAUUUUUCUUUAAGUGUAUAAGAAACAAACCUAGUUAAAUGCAUAUAACAGCUUUGUUUUGUCAAGAGUAUAGCAUAUUUUCACUACUGUAUCUGAAUUUAAGAAGACAUGUCAUGUUUAAACUCUCUGUGUUUUAGUCUGUCUAUUGGAUGAGUCUGGCAGUGUUUUAUCCACUUUUACAGUCCCAGUGUUGUAUUUAGACUACAGAAACAUCUCUACUGUAUACUUGAUAACAGUAAUUGUUAGGGUCAUCAAGUAUUAAAUCUCUAAUUGAUCUUCACACAUGAUCCGGUGGUUGUGAUUAGCCACAUGGAGUGUUCAAUUUUGACAGUUCAGUAAUGACGAUUGAAAUGCUUCAUUUAUUCAUGCUUUUACUGUCUCCACUAAAUCUACAGUGUAUUAACCUUUGUGUCUAAAAUACAAAAAUGUAAAAACA